AUGUCGAAUAACAACGUAUCCGAUGUAAGCGCAUUAACAACAGUGAGCGGGUCCUUCUAUAGAUGGCUCGAGAAUGAUGUGGUGGACAAUGUAGCAGGUGUUUUCAUGUUGAUUAUUUUCUUAAUCGGAAUGGUGCUUAACAUUCUCGUUAUACGUGAGCUCGUCUCAAACAAGCACAAGACCAUGACAAGCAAACCUGUUUUUGUUCAGUUAAUUGUGAUAGAUUUUGUUGCCUAUUUGCUGAUAAUUUUGCCUGGGAUUGUAGCAUCUUUUGACGAUUCGUUGAUAUUUCCUGAUGGGUUUUGUGUGAUAAAUGGACUAUCUGUGUCUAUGUGUCGGCUGGCAUCUUUCCUCUUCAUGGCAGUUCUCUGCUGCGAGAGAACGACACAACUAUGGAAACCAAGAGUCCACGAACACGUUUUUGAGAAAAGGAAAUUCAGUGUUGCUAUUGUUGCGCUCGUGUGGUUAGUGAGCGCCACAUUAUCUGCUCUCCCACUUACCGGUUACGGAAAGGUGGAAUAUAUCCCACUUCAACAGCGCUGCCACCUACACGGCAGUAACCAGCUACAUAUGCAUCUUCUCUUUGCGUUUGGCAUAUACACUCCGGCCAUUAUAGUAUGCAUUUGUGCGAUCUUCACGUAUGCUCGCAAACGACAAAUCAUUUUAACUUUAUCGAAAUUAAACAAACAAGUCGAGAGUAUCAAUAUGAAACUCGCUAAAAGGAAUGACGAAAAUAAAACCAUGUCAGCAUCAGGACGAUAUGAUAACGCACAAACUGAUUUAAGUGUUAGUGAAAUGAUUGACGGGGCUUCAAAUGAUGUUUGCAGUACUAUUACACAAUCGGUGCCAUUCCGCAUGGAUACAUCCGCAUCGAGCAAGCACUAUAGAGCGAUAUCAGAUGUAAUCAACCAUAUCCCAACUGAUACUGCUUCAAGUGACGUCACUACGGACAUCGAAGAUGGAGACAGUCAGGUCACUGUUAGAGAGUCAAUAACAUCAAGACCUGAAAAUGACGCGAACAUAGAAAUAAUAUCUGGUGGUAUAACCAGGAAUAAAACAAAAUUGUCGAAGGUCAAGGUGAUGUUCAACGUUUACCAGUCCUCCACAGAGGAAAGGGAUGUAACUCUAGCCGUAAGUUAUAUUCUAAUGUAUCUGGUGGUGCUAGGUACGUGGCUGCCGUAUGUGGCCCUGUCAUAUGUGGAUGGCGACGAGGAUACUGUGUGGGGAGGCUGGUUCUCACUCGUCGUGCUGGUAUCCGACAUUUCCUACUGUAUCAAGCCAGUUGUCUACCUUAGUCACAACAGUGUCCUAAAGAUGGCAGCCGUGGAGUCCUUUCCGGAGUCUGUGAGAAACAGAGCAGCAAAGGCACAAGCGGCACUGAGGAAAAUCACAAAGAAACUCGACAGCUUAGUCUUUAUCCAGAUUCCUGACACCAAAUCAUUAUUAGAUAUAAAAGGGGAUAGGGUACGUGUGUCCCCGACAAGUUUAUAA